AGAGACAAAGAAGAUAACACAUUUAUAUGUAAACCAAAUGUUUAUCUAUGUUGUGUGUGAUCUUAACAUUAUUAUAAACAAUAAAAUUGAAAAAAAUGGAUAAGACUAAACAGGAAGAGGUACUUCUGCCGGUGUCAUCGAGAAUGGUCGCCGAUCAAAAUGAAGAACGUCGCUAUGGAUGUGGGCCAAUGAAAUCUGGUUGUAUACAGAGGCUGAAUUCAAUUCGAUGGCACGUUUUCUGGCAAUGUAUUUUCAACUUUUUCGAGGGAUUUAUUGUAAAUGGUGUGGUGAAUGUGAUUAUACCAGCUCUGGAAAAACGCUAUGAACUGUCUAGUUCCAAAUCCGCCAUUAUUGCUAGUGCAAAUGAUUUUGGAGCUUUCGUACUAUUAAUCUUUAUCGGCUACUUUGGAGAAAGACGUCAUAAACCUAAGCUGAUGAGUGCUGGAAUCUUAUUAAUGGCGUUUGGUUGUCUUGUAUUUUCUCUUCCGCAGUUUAUAGGAGAAAAAUAUGCAUACACAAUAUCAGAUUCGUCUAUGAAUGGGAGUGACAACCUUUGCAGUACAAGAAAUACAACGUCUUCAUGUUCCUCGGACGUUGAUGACAUCAAAGAAUACUUUAAAGCUUAUUAUGCCUUGUUUAUUGUUGGACAGAUGUUGUUAGGAAUAGGUGCUGUUCCCAUGUUUACAAUUGGGCUUAGUUAUAUAGAUGAGAACUGUAAACAGAAAUUGACAUCAUUUUAUAUAGGUUUAACUUUUUGCUCAGCUGCAGUUGGAGUUGCCAUAGGUUAUAUCGUAGGAGGUAAUGUUCUGAAUGUCUUUGUUGACGUAGACAAAAUUGACAUAGCAAACUUACCACUGACAUCAUCAGAUCCGCAAUGGGUAGGAGCAUGGUGGAUUGGAAUCAUUAUAGCUGUUCCAGCAUUUAUUCUAGUUGCUUUUCCAAUUUUGGGGUAUCCUCGACAUCUUCCAGGUUAUGAAGAGCUCCAAAAGCAAAGAAAGUCAGAAGCAUACGAUAAUGAUGCGGAAGAAAUCACCGCACAAGCAUCAUUUGGUAAAAACUGGAAAGAUUUUCCACGAUCGUUCCUGCUUUUGAUAAAGAACCCAACAUAUGUUUUCAUAUGUUUGGGCAGUGUGUGUGAAACUUUGCUUAUUGGUGGCACUGCAACUUUCGGAGCAAAAAUAAUAAAAGAGUUUUUCAAUGUUGACCUAGCUACUGCAGGAACUAUUAUGGGUGCUAUAACAAUACCUGGAUCUGGCGGUGGAAUGAUAUUUGGUGGAUAUAUGGUUAAAAGACUAAAUCUGAAGCUUCGUGGAAUUAUAUACUUUUGUUGCAUUAGUAUUGGCCUGGCAGCUUUACUUGGACCAUCAUUCUUAGCAAGUUGUCCGAGUCAACCUCUUGCUGGAGUGUCAACAGACUACAAAGUGGAAAGUGGAACUUCUUUGAUUGCUGGCUGUAAUAAUGACUGUGGUUGCACAACAGCAGGGUUUGAACCAGUUUGUGAUCAAAACAAAACAGUUUAUUUUUCACCGUGUCAUGCAGGUUGUACAGAAGCUAUCAUUACGAAUGGAACGAAAUCGUAUAUGAAUUGUGAUUGUAUAAGCUCAGCUCAAAACACCGUGUUGGCAGUGUCUGGUUCCUGUUCUGACAACUGUAACUGGUUUUAUGUGUUUUGUGUAUUAUUGUUCCUUAUAAUGUGGUUCACAUUUUCAACCAUGUCACCGAUCGUCACAGCAAUAUUCAGAUGUGUCCCUCAUGAUCAGAGAUCUUUUGCCAUUGGUUUACAGCUGUUAAUUGUUCGUUUGUUAGGUACAACUCCUGGUCCUAUAUUUUUGGGCGCAAUCAUUGACAGUUCGUGUGAUGUAUGGCAGGAUACAUGUGGAGAGAAAGGAUCUUGCUGGAUUUAUAACAAAACCGAUUUAGGACUUCGUAUAAUGGUUUGGUGGAUAUGUUUAAAAGUGUUGGGAUUGAUAUUCUUAUUCUUAGCAGCUAAAUUCUAUAAGCCAAGAAAAGAGAGUACAGAAAUAAAGGUCUCACAACCAGAAAGUGUCAAAGAAUCAAAAAUCUAUGACAAAGAAAAAGACUUUACAAAACUUUGAUAUUUAAUAGAAGCAUUUUAAAAGUAAAUCAACUGUCAAUCAUAUAUGUGUAUUUUGCUGACCGAUUAGAUAUACCGAUAUAUGAUGAUGGUUAAGGAAUUGUCUUUGAAUAUUAAUGCAAUGUUGACAUUUUCCAAUUAUUUAUCGGUUAUAACGACUUUUCGAACUUUUAAAAAUAGCCAAUUUACAAUAUAACCGUUAGGUUCUUAUUAUAAAAUUGUUCAAUUCACCUUAUAUCUUAACAUGAUGGUCCUUUUUAUUAAUAGAUUAAUUUUUAAGUGUUUAAUAGUCAAUGUUGACACAAGGGGGUCGAUAUUUCGUAUCAACAAUUUCUCUCAAACGACAGACAAGAUUUCAAUGAAAUCUUUAUUUAAUUUUGUAGCAUCUUAUUGGAUUGUACAAAUGUUAUAUCCGAAUGAAUUUUUGGGUUACCAAUAGCAAAUAACCAAUACAAAAUACAUGAUUAUUAACAUUAUCCGUUGUUUUGACAAGAACUAUAAGUAUAUAUUCUGACUUCUUAUUCGGUAUUCAUUGCAAAAUGAACAAGUCUAUUGAAUUUAUCAAAUUAGCCUUAUUAAAACAAUUUGUUGUUAACAAAUUGUACACAACGAAGAAAACAAUUAUUUCUACACACAAUGCCAAACAAAAUAUUUGCUUCUUAUCAGUUCAAUGGUAUUGUCAUUAAAUAACGUUUAGUGAAGUGUCGUACUAUAGAAUAACGUCUUUUCUCAUAAAAUCUUAUCACACGCUUUAAAAAUGUAUGUAUAUAUAUAUUCAUUAUUCAUUUAUAUUGUCACGAUUGUUUUCCUUUGGGUCUCUAUCAUUUAAAUAAAAAUGUCAACAAAUUUAUUUUUCACUGUUUACUACUUGAUAGUUUGAUAUUAAUGUUGGAGCAAAAAUUCGAUGAAUAAACAAUUAACGUCUGGACUAUCGCCCCUGGCGAAAGAUGCUAGAAGGGCAUUCAAACUCAUAGAUUGAAAACAAACUGACAACGACAUAACAAUAACAGAAAAAAGACAUACAGACAAAUAAUACUUAACAAGACGCAACGAAGAAAACUUAAGACUAAGACUUAUGAUAUACUUACUCAUUGGCACUCACACCACAUCUUCCUAUAUUUAUUUACUAUAAAUAUUUGAUAAAAAGAAGUUGAUAAGAUGAUGUAAAAACUCAACACAAAUUGAAGUUGGCUCAUAUCAAUAAAGUAAAAUCACAAAAUUCCUGAGCACCGAAAUUCAAAACGGAAAGUCCCUAGUAAAAGAACAACUGUCAUAUUCCUGACUCGGUACAGACAUUUUCUGAUGAAGAAAAUAGAGAAUUAAACUUAGUUUAA